AGCCCGAAACAAGGAUACAAGCACACACCUCACCCAGAGAGAAAGAGAGAGGAGCUGCUCCUCUGUGUGAACACGGCUUACAGGAGGGAUCCGAAACGAUUGAUUUAAACAAUGAUUUCUGUUGGAUUACAAACUAUGAGGAGCUUUUCUCUCGGGUUAUCCUCUGAGCAGCUGUGACCGCCGGACACAGACACAGACACAUCCACACUUGUUGUCAACCUGCAACAAACAUGACAUCCAAAUCACUGGCUUAUGUCUUUUUGCUGUCUGCCCUGCACACUUGCUCUCUGACAAUCGAGUACGAAGAGGAAUACGAGGAUGUCACUGUAAACCAAAUGUUGGCUCCCAAAUCACAAGAAACGGACGCCACGGAAAUACUCAACAAUUUACUGAAAGAAUACGACAAGAAACUGCGGCCGGAUAUUGGAGUUAAGCCAACAGUCAUAGACGUGGACAUAUUUGUGAACAGCAUCGGACCAGUGUCAUCAAUAAAUAUGGAAUAUCAAAUAGACAUCAUUUUCGCCCAGACGUGGAUAGACAGCCGUCUCAGAUACAACAGCACCAUGAAAAUAUUGACUCUGAACAGCAACAUGGUGGGACUCAUCUGGCUGCCCGACACCAUCUUCAGGAACUCCAAGAACGCAGAUUCACACUGGAUUACAAUGCCCAACCAGCUGCUGAGGAUAUGGAACGAUGGGAAGAUACUUUACACCUUGAGAUUAACAAUAAAUGCAGAAUGCCAGCUGCAGCUGCACAACUUCCCGAUGGACGAACACUCCUGUCCGCUCAUCUUCUCCAGCUAUGGAUACCCGCGAGACGAGAUGAUUUACAAGUGGAGGAAGAACUCCGUGGAGGCGGCGGACCAGAAGUCCUGGCGUCUCUACCAGUUUGAUUUUAUGGGCCUGAGAAACACUACGGACAUAAUAAAGACCACGGCAGGUGACUAUGUGGUGAUGACGGUGUACUUUGACCUGAGCAGGAGAAUGGGUUACUUCACCAUCCAGACGUACAUCCCCUGCAUCCUCACCGUGGUCCUCUCCUGGGUUUCCUUCUGGAUCAAAAAAGACGCCACGCCAGCCAGAACGGCUUUAGGUAUCACCACAGUGCUGACCAUGACCACCCUCAGCAGCGUGGCCCGGACCUCUCUGCCCAGAGUGUCUUAUGUCACCGCCAUGGACCUUUUUGUCACUGUCUGCUUCCUGUUUGUCUUCGCUGCUCUGAUGGAGUACGCAACAUUAAAUUACUACUCAUACAGCACUCGAAGACCCAGCUGCAUGCACCCGAAAAGAUCGAACUAUUCAGUCCUGGAUGUGAGAGCCCAACACACCACCAUCACUUUAAACAACUCCCUGUACUGGCAGGACUUUGAGGACGCUUGUGUCUAUGAGUGUUUGGACGGAAAAGACUGCCAGAGCUUCUUCUGCUGCUUCGAGGAGUGUAAAGGCGGAAGGUGGAGGAAAGGACGUCUCCACAUAGAUUUACUUGAACUGGACGCAUACUCGCGUGUCUUUUUUCCCACCUCCUUCUUACUGUUCAACAUUGUAUACUGGGUGGGUUAUCUCUACCUUUAGCACUCUGCAGGAUCAGUUCAACUAAAGAAGUGCAAGAUGAAUAAAGAGGUAACACCAAAUAAACUCUUUCCUGUGGUACCUGAAGCAGUAGCCUGGAGACAAACGGAGAGGACAGGCCUGUGCCAAGAAGAGAUUUCUGCCUUUGUGACUUCAGGUAUGAGAAUACAACACAAUACUGACUCCCUUUAACAUGCUGUACACAGAGGAGGAUGGACUGUGUGCUAAUGACGAUCUGAAGACAAAGAGGGAAAUGUGCUUCGCACUGCUCCCUGAAAAGUUCUCAAUCAGGAGGAUGACUUAUGUUGUAGGGAGAGUACCGGCACGUUAUUAUCCAGCCAUCAGUCAAAUCCAGUUGAUGAAAAUCCAAGGACAUUCAAACCAUUCAUAGUGCCUUCCUCUGGAGGGGUAGAUAGUAUCUGCUACAAUAAUCAGGGAAUAAUGAUUUAUAUGAGAAAAAAGAAGAGCCUGGCUUUGACUGAUUAUGGCUGUUCUCAUUCAGAGCUUUGAGGUACAUUUAUAAAACAGCCAUUUGUUGUAACAACUUCAUGAAAAAUCAUUUGGGUUUUAUCUCUUCUCACUUACUUUCAGCCAUUAGUCAUGACUCAUUCCUCCUGCAUGCUACACUAUAAGCAGCCCCUGUAGCCUACACUGUAAUACAUAAAGUGGUUUCCAGGGAAGAGGAGUUGGUGUGAAUUAACCUUACAGCAGAAUUUAUAUGUGCUUUAUUGUCUUAAUUGUUUUAGGUUUAGUUACGCUUGUGUUUAUACAGACACAUGUUGACAUUCAGGCACAGAUCUCUCAUUAGACACAAAACAACACUUUAAUGUAAAAGUCCCUUUAUUAAAUGCUGUGGGGUCAAUCCUGCACAGGGCACCAACUGUGACAUAUUAAAGGAUAUCCUUUCUUUUAGGAAUUGUUUUCAGAUUAUUUGUUAUAAUCGUUUACUUUACUUCCUUUCUCACAGUCGGAUAAGAAGAAUGAUACCACGCUCAUGUAAUACUAGCCUUUGGUUACCUGCCAGUUUGCCCAGCUGAGCAUAAAACCUGAAGCAUGCUGACACUUCUCCUGAUUCCACAAAUUGUUAAGAUCUGUUAUUACAUUAAAAGUGUUUUAGCCUGAAUUUCUAGGAAUGAUUCAUGAGUUGUGAAAAACAUAAAACUAUGGCUUAAUGUAAUUAAGGACAGGGCGAAAAACACAGCAGUUCCUUUUCUCUACAAACUACAUUGUCAUAUAUGGACUCUGUGUGAUGAAGCACCCGGGGAACAAAGGCAACCAUGGGUGUAGUUCGAUUUCAUUUCGAUUUGAUGUACUGUCGUUGCAGAGCAGCCACUUCUUGCCAGAGCUCUGAACACAAACUAGCUGAAGUGAAAAGGCAAGAACUGGGUGUUUGAUUUUCUUCCUCUGUGAACGAAGUGCACAAAUUAAAUAUAAUGGCUGGCAUUAGCACUUCUCCGCAGGCACAAAUGUGAUAAUCACACUCGUUAGUCUUUGUCUCGGUUGGUUCUAGUUUAAAGGCAACUGACAAAUUAACAUGACCCUGAGGAAGUUGUAAAUUAACCACAAUAGACUUAUAGUUUAAAUAUUUACUGUUUAUUUUAAUUUGAUUUCCCUUUGUUUGGAUUUGGCAUUAGCAACCGUUGAAUUGCCUUAGUGUAGCCAGCCUAGGGCUGAGAUGAACACAUAUUUACCUCUGAUUAUAACCUCAGCAUGGUGAAAACAUCACCUCAAUGAAGGCUACUUCUUUGCCCGGGGCAGUGAGAAGAACUUUUUAUAUCCCUUUUUCAAGUUUCGUUUCUAUUACUUUUGUUUUGUACUGUAUGUACCAAAUAUUUCACAUAUGUGCCCAGUACAUUUUGUUUUCUGAGAACAGCCCCCCAGUAAAUUGGUUACACUUGAUGUUUUGAUACUUCACAUACAGUAAUGGUGUAAUGGUGUGGUGGACAAAAUGUGUUUUGAAUGUUGCUUUUGACUUGUGGAGUAUUUGACAAUUGCUGGUAAUGAUGCUGCAUUUACAUUGUGGCUAUAUGAAUACAAUAGAUAUGAAAGUGAAUGUUUAUUAGCAGGAGAACAGUACAGCUAGCACUGAUAUGAAGUGCCCCAACUGUGCCUAUACAGACAAACAAGAUGCUGUGUGAAAAUGGAUUGAUAACUGAAAGGGGAGUCGAUGGUUAAAAUCUGAUACAAAGGCAUAGCUAAAGGAAUUAGCACUUCCUCGCUAAAAAAAGAAAGAUAUGAAAAUGUAAUGAUGAUUAAAUUGGAUAGGUGCAAAAUUCCAUCCAGUUUGAUCGCAUUAUAAGAUUCCUGUCAGGCAGCUCAGUUUAAUAAUAUAAUGCAAUAAGACACUUAAAACUCUAACCGUUGUUUCUUGCCAUUUUUGUUAGCUAACAUUGCUGUUUGAUAAUGUCACAAGACACGCACAAAUAAAAAUGAUAUCUUCACGUGAUUAAAUUGGAUAGGUGCAAAAUUCCAUCUAACAGUGGCAUCUAAUUACUGUAUAAAUUGGCCCACCGUUUAAUAGCAUUAUAAGAUUGACAAAAAAUCCUAGCUAACAGUUCCUAGCAGGCAGUUCAUUUAGCCUACAAAAUGCAAAAAGAUGCUUAAAGCUUAAAAAACAAAUAGAUAACAUUGCUGUUUGAUAAUGUCAAAAGACACUAACAAACAAAACUGAUCAAUUAGAUAGCUGUUAAAUUCUAACUUACAUUUGCAUGUUAUUCUUUAAAUAAAACCAUUUGAUGCUUUACUAAGUACAGUAAGAAAAGUGUACACACCUAGCUAAAGGUAAUAGCACUUUCUAGUUUAAAUAAAUUGGAUGGGUUUAAAUUCUAGCUUCUUGGAACAAUACAAUUUGCUAGUUUUACAAUAACAUGAAAAAAGCAGGAAUUUCAAUCUGACACAUACAUUAUUUCAAUGCUAACUUUAGCCUCCUUUUUGAUGGUAUGACGUGAUGUAGACGUGUUUACCUCACAGUAGCACCUAUUUCAAGCUAACAAUACAGUUUUUUAUAGUUUUAAAUAUAGGACAAGAAUGGUAUAAUUCAUGCACAUUAAUCAACAUAUUGGCAAUAUGCACCUCUGUAAAUAUGCUAGAAUUAGCACAAUAGCAAAUGUUCAUCCUUAGGCCUAAAAUAGGCCUACUAACAAAAAACAUGACACAGUUAGAAAGGAGUAAAAAUCCAGCUAUUGCACCUAUUCCUGGUACCAAAUACUGUUUGAUGGUCCUAUAAGAAAGGAAGUCUACUUUGCUAAAAUAAUAAUAAUACUAGGAAGUGGACUGACACCUCUCCAGCUAUCAGGCCAAUUUCCCGACUUGGUCCGUGCUGGGACUUGAACCGGCGACCCUCCAAUACCGAACUCAAGUCCCUACAGACUGAGCUACUGCCAUCCCAAAUGUCAUACUUUCUAGCUUACACUACUGCUACAUUAUUUUACAAAAGACAAUGAUAUAGGAACUCCUCCUUGCUUAAAAAAGUGUUGGAAAUUUCAAAACUUUAUGUUAAUAAAGGAAGUAACACCAUUUUGUGGCUAACAACACCAGUAAAUAGGUUUACAUUGAUAUGGAAGGAAAGGCUUAAAUGCCUUGCUAACUGUAAUGUUAGCCUGAAAGAGGUUAAAUGCUAAUGUUAGUGGAAUCUUUCAGUUGCUAGUAAAUGUGGGAUCAGUGAAAUGCUUGAAUGAAACACUUAUUCAGCUUGACUAUGUUUAUAUAAUUUACAAACUGAUCUAAUUUAUAAAGAAUUUGAGCUUCAAUAAUCACUAAAUUGAUCAUCAUUAUAACAAAAUUGGAAACAAAGGCUGUGUCCAAAACCGCAUUUCAUACUCGAUGAGAUGUCAAAUUGAGUAUGUAGCACGAUCCGAAAUCUUUGAAUGCAAUUUUGUGUAAAGAAGACAUGCCUGCAUGGACAGCAGCCCAUAAUAGGUUUGCCAGUUUUUUAUUAUUUUACAGUAGCAUACUGAUCAUAUUAAACUGCCCCCAAAUACAUUGCAGCUCUCAGACGUCGGAGCUCACCAGCAAGCCUGCUAGUGUGAAACAAAUAAAUAACUGUAAUGUAAUGUUUUAUAUGUUGUCAAAUAAUAUUAAAAUUACUAUGUAACUGAAUUCAUAAUGAAUGGAUGUAUUUUUUUGUUAGAUUC